GGCAUCACAUAUUCACAUGUAUUGUGUCACAAGAGAGAGAGAGAGAGAGAAAAUCAGGCAAGCAGGAAGGAGAGGCCAGGAUUUCCCACAAAUCCAUUCUAGGGGGUAAAACCCAAGCCCUUAUCCUAUCUUCUUCAAAAUCCCUCACAAAAUUUCCUAUCCCCUAAAAGCUCCUCUUGGUUUGAAUCCCCCCUUUUCAUUCUCUUUUCCCUUUGUUUCCUCUCUACACUCUCCCUUCAUAUCUCCUUGUAUAUGGUUCACAAUUUCUUGACCAUCAUCAUUGGCUUCACUUAAUUUUGCUUGAAUCUAACUUAUAUUGGAAAUGAUAUCUGAAAUGGGUUUUUGAAUUUGCCUCCAAAGAAGCCCAUUUAAAGCGAAAAAAACAGAAGAAAAUGGCCCCAAAAUCAGGCAGAGCAAAGGGCAAUAAGGCCAAGGCAGAGAAGAAGAAGAAAGAAGAGAAAGUUGUACCUAAUGUUGUUGACAUCACUGUCACCACACCAUAUGAAACACAAGUUGUCCUCAAGGGUAUCUCAACUGACAAGAUUCUUGAUGUGAGGAGGCUACUAGCAGUCAAUGUGGAAACAUGCCACCUCACUAACUAUUCUUUAACCCAUGAGGUUAAAGGACAGAGGUUGAAUGAUAGGUUGGAGGUUGUUUCAUUGAAGCCAUGUUUGCUGAGGAUGGUUGAAGAGGACUACACGGAGCAGUCCCAGUCGUUGGCGCACGUACGGAGGCUGCUGGACAUCGUCGCGUGCACCACCCGAUUCGCCAAGCCCAAGUGCGGCGCCGUCGAAGGUCGAGCCAAGAAGACCAGGGCCCACGCUGGCGGCACGCAGUCUCCUCCUUCCAAUGGCGAAGUUAGACCGCCGUCGUCGGAGCCUCUGGCCUCGCCGGUAUCGGAGGGCUACGAGAUGGCGGCGAUUCAUCCGAUCCCGAAGCUGUCUGAUUUCUACGAGUUCUUCUCUUUCUCUCACCUCUCUCCUCCAAUACUACAUGUGAAGAGAGUGGAACAGGCAAAAGGUGAAGAGGGGCAGAAUGGUGAUUAUUUUGAACUGCAGAUUAAGAUCUGCAAUGGGAAGCUCAUACAAGUACUCGCAUCAGCAAAAGGGUUCUACACAAGGGGAAAACAAUCUCUACAAAGCCACUCCCUAGUGGAUCUUCUGCAGCAGCUCAGCCGAGCUUUCGCCAAUGCAUAUGAAUCCUUGAUGAAAGCUUUUGUAGAACAUAACAAGUUUGGUAACCUUCCGUAUGGUUUUCGUGCCAACACUUGGCUUGUCCCUCAACCUGUUGCUGAUACUCCAUCAAAUUUCCUACCCCUUCCAGUGGAAGAUGAUACUUGGGAUGGCGAUGGCGGGGGUCAGGGGAGAUAUGGCGAAUACGAUUGUAGACCUUGGGCCACAGAGUUUGCGAUAUUGGCAAGCCUUCCUUGCAAAACGGAGGAGGAGAGGGUUGUCCGAGACCGAAAAGCAUUUUUACUUCAUAGCCUAUUUGUUGAUGUUGCUACACUUAAAGCUGUUUCAGCCAUAGGCCAAGUAAUAGAUUCCACUUCGAAGGCACAACAGGAGUCAAUAAAUUUUCUGUCAGGCUCAAUCUUGCAUGACGGUCGUGUGGGGGAUUUGUCUAUUACAGUACAGCGAGAUGCUGCAGAUGCAAGCUCAAAAUCUGAAGUAAAAGUUAUAGGCAAUGAAUCAUCAAGUAUGUCUGCUGUGGAAGUUGGUCAACGAAAUUUACUUAAAGGGUUAACUGCAGAUGAGAGUGUAGUUAUUCGUGAUACAACGUCGUUGGGUGUUGUGGUUGUACGACAUUGUGGAUAUACUGCAAUUGUAAAAGUUGUUGGUGAUGUGAAGAGGAGAAAGUUCAUGGCUCAAGAUAUUGAAAUUGAUGAUCAACCCGAUGGAGGUGCAAAUGCUCUCAACAUUAAUAGCUUGAGGCUUUUGCUUAAUGAGUCAUGCACAGCAGAAUUGUCUGGAAGUGGGCAAUCACCUCAGUCUAAACUUGGUGAUCUUGAAACUGCAAGAAGUAUGGCCCGCAGAGUGGUUGAGGAGAGCUUGAGGAACUUAGAUGAGAAGCCAGAGGCAUCCGAUAACUCUAUCAGAUGGGAACUUGGUUCUUGUUGGGUCCAGCAUUUACAAAAGCAGGAAACACCUAGUGAUAACAGUUCUAACAACUCUGAGGGUGAUAGUAAGGCAGAUUUGGAGGUUAAAGGACUUGGGAAGCAGUUUAAAAUGCUGAAGAAGAGGGAAAAAAAACCCAAUGGUGAGAGUAACAUAGAUGAUGAUGAGGAAACUGACUCCGGGACCAGCAACUUGAAUGCUGGAAGCAGCAUGGGGGAGCUAAACAAUGGCGAGUCCAACAGCGAGGCUGAGUUGAAGAAAGUACUUUCUGAAGAAUCUUUCUUGCGCUUGAAAGAAACUGGAACGGGUCUUCAUCUAAAGUCAGUAGAUGAACUCAUCAAGAUGGCAAAGAAGUAUUAUGACGAAAUUGCAUUGCCUAAGCUGGUAACAGACUUUGGAUCGCUGGAACUUUCUCCCGUUGAUGGGCGCACUUUAACUGACUUCAUGCAUUUGAGAGGACUGCAAAUGUGUUCUUUGGGUCGUGUGGUUGAACUUGCUGAGAAGCUUCCUCAUAUACAGUCACUUUGUAUUCAUGAGAUGGUUACUCGAGCUUUCAAGCAUGUACUUAAAGCCGUAAUUGCAUCCGUUGGUAAUGUGGCAGACUUGCCCACUGCAGUAGCCUCAUGCUUGAAUUUCUUGCUUGGGAGCAGCGGAAUAGAAGACAACGACCAUAGCUUGGCUGAUGAUCACAUUCUCAAAUUGAAGUGGUUGCAAUCAUUUCUAGCCAAAAGAUUUGGCUGGAGGCUACAAGAUGAGUUUCAACACUUGAGGAAGUUAUCGAUUCUCCGAGGACUUUGCCAUAAGGUUGGUUUGGAGUUGCUACCAAAAGACUAUGAUAUGGACAGCCCAAACCCAUUUAGGAAAUCUGAUAUUAUCAGCAUUGUUCCUGUGUGUAAACAUGUGGGGUGCUCUUCUGCCGAUGGGCGGACCCUAUUGGAAUCAUCCAAGAUUGCCCUGGAUAAAGGAAAGCUAGAAGAUGCUGUGAACUAUGGAACAAAGGCAUUGGCAAAAAUGAUAGCUGUUUGUGGUCCCUAUCAUCGAACAACGGCAAGCGCAUACAGUCUAUUAGCUGUUGUGCUUUACCACACUGGAGACUUCAAUCAGGCAACAAUAUACCAACACAAGGCCUUGGAUAUCAACGAAAGGGAACUUGGCCUUGACCACCCUGAUACAAUGAAAAGCUACGGAGAUCUCUCUGUUUUCUACUAUCGCCUACAACACAUUGAAUUGGCUUUGAAAUAUGUCAACCGUGCUUUGUUCCUCCUCCAUUUUACAUGUGGACUCUCACAUCCAAACACAGCUGCAACUUACAUUAAUGUUGCUAUGAUGGAAGAGGGUAUGGGAAAUGUUCAUGUUGCUCUCAGAUACCUCCAUGAAGCCCUAAAAUGCAAUCAAAGAUUAUUAGGUGCAGAUCACAUACAGACUGCUGCUAGCUAUCAUGCCAUUGCAAUAGCCCUUUCAUUAAUGGAAGCAUAUUCGCUUAGUGUGCAACAUGAACAAACUACACUACAGAUUCUUCAAGCCAAGUUGGGUCCAGAAGAUCUUCGUACUCAGGAUGCUGCUGCAUGGCUUGAAUAUUUCGAGUCAAAAGCCUUAGAGCAGCAAGAAGCAGCCCGAAAUGGGACUCCAAAGCCAGAUGCAUCCAUAGCAAGCAAAGGCCACCUUAGUGUAUCGGAUCUCCUUGACUACAUAAGCCCUGAUCAGGAUUCAAAGGGAGGUGAUGCACAGAGGAAGCGGCGCUCAAAGGUGUUGCAGGCUAUUGACAAAUCCCAACACUCGCAGCAUGAUGCAGUAACCAUCAACAGUGUGAUUCAUAGCAAUGCAGAAGACGAGGAUAAGCCAGUGAUCAGACUAGCAGAAACCAACACAGAGGAACCUAAGCCAGAAUUGGUCCUUCCUAAAGAAACCGACAGUUAUAAUAACACUAAACACGACCUCACAUAUUUCAGUGCAAGUAUUGAAGAAGUAAACUCUGAUGAGGGAUGGCAAGAAGCCAACUCAAAAGUACGAGCUGGAAAUGGCACUGGCCGCAAUUAUAGCCGAAGACGCCCUAAUAUUGCCAAGCUAAAUACCAACCGCUCUGAAUACUCUAAUUACAGUGACGGGUAUUAUAAGAAAGAGUUGAUUUUUCCAGGACAAAAGGCCGUGCCAAAGACAAAUUCAGCAGAAUCAUCUCCAUUGAAGCAUUCAAAGUCUCUUAGUUCAAAUGCUGGAGGGGAUUCAACUAAAUUGCAGGCAAAGACUCCCGUUUCCAGAAUUUCCCCACCCUCAGUUUCCAAAGUCUCCACUACCAUGGCUUCGAAAUCUGUUUCCUACAAAGAGGUAGCGUUGGCGCCUCCAGGAACAGUUAUAAAACCAAUGGUUGAGAAAGUAGAAGAAAUCACUGAGGAAAUUGAUACCGAAGUCAGGAAUAAUCCUCCUCAGACAACAAAGGAGGGUGAAAGCAACAUAUUUGUUGUGGAUAAAGCAAUGCUGGAUCAUGAAAACACAAAAGAAGUUACUGAAAGUGGAAACGAGCUGGAAAAUUCUUCCUCAGAAGAACUUGAAGCGAUUCCAAGCUCAAGCAAUGAGGAAAAACCUGUUGAAACGAACGGGAGCAAGCUUUCUGCAGCAGCUCAACCAUUCAGUCCAGGAACCUUUCCGUUAACUCAGCCAUUGAACUCGGUUCCUGUAACAAGUGUUUACGAUGUAAUAGCAAGCCAAGGCAUGCUUGCAGAUCCUGUAGGGUUCCCUCCAAUCGCUGCAAGGGUGACCUGUGGGCCGAAAUCGCCUCUAUAUUCUUUCCAAAUGAAACAUGGGUUCUUGAAGUACCAAGGCCCCAUUAUAGAAAGAAGUGGACCAAAAAUCAUGAACCCUAAUGCACCAGAAUUUGUGCCCGGAAGAGCUUGGCAAACGAAUGCAGCAACCGAAGUUCCAAAAGUUAAAAGUGGUCCGAAUUCUGAUACUGAUGAGAAACUUCAUGAAAAAGGUACUAGUGAAGUUAAAGAUGGAAGAUCAAAGAAAAGCAGUUCGGAUGCAGAGAAGUCAGAGCUAGCAAGGCAAAUACUGCUUAGCUUUAUUGUGAAAUCAGUUCAAAAUAAUCUGGACCCCGCGAGGGAGUCUGCAGUUAACAAGAAGAAGUUUGAAUAUUCUGAAAACUCAUCAGAAGCGGUUGCUAAUGACAGUGCAAUUAUAAAAAUUCUGUAUGGGAAUGAAGGUAAGGAGGACUCAGUUUCUGAAACUGGGAAUAAUGAACAGCAGAAAACAUCGGAUGGGAAGACGAACAAUAAUGGAGAUGGUGAGGGAUUUGUAGUUGUUACAAAGAGGAGAAGGAAUCGACAACAGUUUUCCAAUGGGGUAAGCGGGUUGUACAAUCAGCAAUCAAUUUGUGCUUCAGUCCGUUGACCUUGUUGGACGAUGAAAGGAAGUUACAGGGUUGAUGUUCCCCAAUGAAAUGCGGUUCAGAUUAUGACAGAGAUCUCUUCAACAUGACAAUUCUACCAAUGUAGAUACGUCGGAGGACUGGUUUAGGGGAGGGGGGGGAAGGCCAUUCACUUUUAACCAUGCCAACUUGAGAUGUUCUAAUAAUUGCAUGUAGAAAUGAGUGUUUUCUUUGUGGAAAGAUUUUGUUUUCUUUAAUAAAAUUUCAAAUCUUUGUAUACUAUCGUUUGCAUCAAACGAUUUAUUUCUCUCCUUUCCUUCUGUUCUCUUAGGCGAUGUUUGGAAGUCGCACAGAGAAAUGAAGAAUUUUGUCAGAAUGUUCGAAACCUAAUUGAAUAAAGUUCACCGCAAUUAUUGUUAA